GCCGGUUCGAAUCCGGCAGAAAUCACUUUUUUGCAUCUUCUGAUUGUGUUUUUAUAGUAUUUUUAAAGAUUUAUUUUCAAACAACGUCAUUCAAAUAAACACAUCGAAGAACUUCACUGCUAAGCUGCGACUUCAAUCUAUAUCAAAAAAUGUCCAUCGGUAUCCCAAUCAAGCUACUUCAUGAAGCCCAGGGACAUAUCAUUACGCUUGAAUUAAAGACUGGGCAAUUAUACCGCGGAAAACUUUACGAUGCCGAAGAUAAUAUGAAUGUGCAACUCAAAGAAGUUACCGUGACAGCUCGGGAUGGUCGCGUGUCUCAGUUGGAACAAGUUUACAUUCGUGGAUCACAAGUUCGAUUUUUCAUCGUCCCAGACAUGUUGAAGAAUGCGCCAAUGUUUAAGAAUGUCAAACCUGGAUCAUUGAAGGGUAGAGGAAUAGGAAUGGGUAGAGGACGAGAGGUCGCGGUGGUGGCGGUUUUAGAGGUGGCAGAGGAGGCGGUCCAGGUAUGCCCCCUGGUGGUGGUCGCGGCAGACCAUAUUAGUCGACUGCGUAUCGCUUUUCAUUUCAAAACACAAAAAACAUAAAGCACGACUCUUUCGCAAAAUCUCUGUCCACUACGACGUCAUUGUCAAAACCUACUAGGACAACCCCUGUACAUGUGCAAUAAUAAACGUUCAACGAGAUUAUACUUUGGUUA